GACCGUCGUGCGCGUGGCGCCGGCGCUGCUGGCGGCGCUGGUGGCCCCGAUCGGAGCGCUGUCCGCGUCAUCGUUCCGGGACCGGGUGACGGAGGCAGAGAAGGUGGAGAAGGCCAAGGAGGCGACCAGGAGGGCCAAGCUCGUCCAGGAGCCUUGGGGUUGGGUCGGCAAGCUUUCCCUCGGCCUCGCCCAGACCCAACGCCGAUGGCGGCGACGACGCCAACAGCGACGCCGACGACGACGCCAAACGCAGGAGAUGAUAGACAUCCUGGCGAGGAGGGAGCUGGCCGACUCGGCGGAGUUGGCGGCGGGCGUCUGCGAGGAGGCCCAGAGCUCGGGCGCCGAGGCGCCCGAGGCCGCCUGCGCGGACGCACCGCCGGAGCACCGCGCCUCGUCCUCCUCCGCGGCCGCGCCCGCGGCCGCGGCCGAGGAGGAGGAGGACGAGGACGAGGAGGAGGACGGGCAGCUCACGUACGACGACCUUGCCCGGCGGUGCUUGGAGCUGGCCGAGAUCUCCCCCGGGGCGCCCGAGCUGAAGGCCGGCGUCGAGUGGUGCGGGCGGCUGCUGCUGAGGGAGCUCCGGCGGGCCACGCGGAAGACCGAGGCGCAGGACGACGUGAGGUUUGCGGACGGCGCCAAGCUCGACGACCUGCUGCUGUGCCCCGAAGACCUCGACGGCGUCGCCCGGCUGUCCCGGCACGCGGUGCCCAAGGCGCUGCGGCUGGAGGUGCACGAGGCGUACCGGGAGGGCCGGUGGGUGCGGCGGCGGCAGCGGCGGCAGGAGUUCAGGAAGGCCCUGCAGAUGAUCCUCCUGGCAAAGGACGCGCUGCCCUGGGUCCUCCUCAGCAGCCUCGCGUCCGCCGCCUCGGCGAGCGUCGGCGUCGUCGGCCUGCACUACCGUGCAGAGGUGCCGACCUGGGCGGGGCUCGUCAGCUGCGGCGUGUGGCAGCCUCCGCCGCGGCAGCCGCUGGCGCCAGUGCUGGGGCGGCGGCCCCCACGGCGGUGCGGACGGCGAUGAUGGCGAUGGUGCUGGUGGAGCUGCUCGCUGCCGCGGCGAGGGCCCUGGAGUCGCAGUUGCGCGCCAGGAGCCAGGACCUGAUGGCGAGGUCGAUACAGGUGAGGCUGUUCGAGGCGCUCGUGGCCAAGGACAUGACCUGGUGGGGAGGCCAGAAAGAGCCCUGGGCGAACAUCAACAAGGUGAUCUGCCUGCCCGCCCAGGUCGAGUCCGCCCUGGCUGCGCCGCGGACCCUCGUCAACCGAAUCUCGACGAUCAGCAUCCAGUUCGCGCUGGUCAGGCAGAGAAGCAGCAGAAUGCUGUACGCGAUGCUUCUCAUGCACUGGGCCAAGUUCGGCGUGAACGAGGUGGUCUCGCGGCUUCUGUCGUGGUUCCAGCGGAGGAGCGUACGUGGGCUGGUGAUGCCGUCGCAGGACAAGUUUACGUGGAUCUACGCGCUGAGCCCCGAGUACAUCCGGCUGUACCAGAGCUUCGCCCGGGGCCCCAACGAGGCGCUGGACCUCAAGAGGUACCUCUGCGGCAACAACCGGCAGCAGGAGCUCACCGGCGCCGUGAGCUCGCUGGCGAAGCCCGUGAUGGCCGUGAUCUCGCAGGCUUGCACGGUGGUGGAGCUCAACACCAUGGGCUCGCUGAUGGAUGAGGGCACGCUGGACAUUAGCCAGGCGGAGACCGUCAUGCAGUACGCCAGUGGGGUCGCCAGGGACUCUGAGAGCACCUACUGGGACAUCACGGCGUUCCAGGACAAGCUGUCGCCGUUGGCCAGGGCCUGGGACUUCGUCGCGCUGCCCCCGAAGAUUGUGCUGGACCGCGGCUUCGUGCCGGAGGGGCGAGCGAAGGGGCACUUCGUCUUCGAGGGCGUGCACUUCCACUACCCAGGCCGCAGGAGCAAGAUCCUGAGGGGCACCUCCUUCGAGGUCAAGCCCGGGCAGGUGGUAGGCAUCACUGGUACCACCGGUUGCGGCAAGAGCACCUGUCUGAGCUUGGUGGAGCGCUUCUUCGACGUGACGAAGGGCCGGAUCCUGCUGGACGGCCGCGACAUCCGCGAGUACCAGCCGCGCUGGCUGCGCUCGCAGAUCGUGGCCGUGUCGCAGGAGCCGAAGCUGCUACCCCUGACCAUCCGCGACAACCUGGUGUUCGGCUGCGACCACGACCCCACCUUGGAGGAAAUCGAGCAGGCGUGCCGGGCCGCGAACAUUUGGGAUUCGCUGACCGACCCCCAGAAGUUCCCGAACGGUCUGGAGACGCAGAUGACGGUGGCGCAGAACGUGGCAGGCGGUGAGAAGCAGCGCCUGUGCAUCGCCAGAGCUAUCCUCGCGAACCCUCCCAUCCUGCUGCUCGACGAGGCCACCAGCGCCCUGGACGAGGUGAGCCAGGCGCAGGUCCAGGAGGCCCUCAACAAGCUGAUGGCUGGGCGCACCACGCUUGCAGCCUCCUCAGCGGCCGCCCGCAAGUCCUAGCGCACCCCACUUCUGGCACUGAGUAGGCUCGCAGCCCGCCCGCCAUUCUGCGAGGCCAGGGGUCACGGCCUCGAUCCCUCCGCCCAUCAGGGGCCCAUGCGAUUGCCCGAGCGAGCUGCCCCGUCCUCGGCGUCCGCCUCCAUCUCGUCCUGUCCUCGCUGCGGUGGGAAAGGC